AUGAUAGUGUGGGGUUUAUGUCCCCUGGCAGUUGAUGUUUGUAAACUUCCAUUGGUAAACUGUGGGCAAGGAAAAUGCAGGCCUUCUAAUGACACUAGUCAUUCAGUAAUUGUGCCUAUUAUCGGACGUGUGGGUUUUGAAUGCGACUGUAACCCUGGUUGGAAAGAGAUUCAGAUUGGCCCUUUUCCCUAUACAUCUUGUCUAAUUCCAAACUGCACUAUUAACCUAGGAUGCAAUUCAUCUCCCUCACAACCUGCACCUUUCUCUCCGCCAUUGCUACCACCACAAUGUGGACUUGUUUGGUGUGGAGAGGGAACCUGCAUUGCUGAUGGAACUGGAUACAAAUGCCAAUGCCUUGAAGGCUCAUUGAACUUGUUGGAUAAUCCACUGUUACCAUGCUUUAAAACAUGCUCUUUUGGAGGAGAUUGCAACAAGCUUGGCUUUCCUUCUGACAAAUCUGAUGCUCCAAGCUCUACAAAAACUAGUUCCACUGCCACAUGUGUACUGAAUUGCUCAAGGAAUCUCCUUGCAGUAACUAUGAUACUGUUGACAUCAAUCUUCCUUACAUGGAUUUGAGAAAGCUAGGGAUAAUGAAGCACGAAAAUUUUUAAUCUUUUUUUUGGAAAUUAAUGUUAUAUGCUCACAUGAUGCCAGGCCGGCCAUGAUUUGAGCAUUCGGUCUUUCUUUUUUUUGGGCUUUCUUUUGUUUUCUUUCGUUUAUAAACUUUGGCUGCAACAACAGUUUUCUUACUUAAUUAUAACAAAUAGAUCAUGAAUUACGAUUUAUAAAAGAAUUGUUCAU